AUGUUGCAUAUGGAGAAAAAACAAAAAACUAAUGGAUUCUGUAGAGUUCUUUUCCAUCAUUCGAAUCUUGCGACUGUUCAAACUAACCCAACACUCUGUGGGACUAAAAAUCCUCAUACAGACAUUCAAGGCUUCCGCUCAAGUAAUCCAUCUUACGUCAUUUCAUCAUCAUCAUCAUCUCUUCAAAACACUAGAGCUAUUCCUACUAGUGUUCUUUGUUCUGCUUGGUAUCGUCAUUUUUGCUGCUCUGGUCUAUUAUGCCGAACGCGUCGAGGACAACCCGGACAAUCAGUUCCAAAAACAUACCUUGGUAUGCUCGUCGGCUCUAUAUGCGCUCUCAUGGGUGUACUAACAAUUGCAUUACCUGUGCCUGUCAUAGUCUCCAACUUUGCUAUGUUUUAUUCCCAUGCACAGGCAAGAUCUAAGUUGCCAAAGAAGAGAAGGCGGGUUUUGCAACCUCAUGAAAUCAAGCCUAUAGUUGGCAGAUCAACAACGGCAGUCCUUUUGAAUUCAUUGGGACCGAAACCACAUGUACCAACAAAUAUCGGUGAUGGUUUAGGAGCGUUUGCAACCCCUCUACUUGUAUGUCCCAAUCCAGGAGAGAACACGCGCAAAGGCUCCAACACCAAAGCAAAUAAGAUGUUGUAG